AUGCACCAUAGAAUUAAUAAUAAUCAACAAUACCCACCUUCACCCUCACUUUCUUCUAAUAUUGUUGAUAAUCAUGAUCACAAUCAACAAACAACCUCAUUAACUCAAUCGUCUCCAACAGCUAUCUCACUAGAAGACUUUGAAAAAAUUGUUACAAAGCUUCGGUUGAUUUUCCCAGAUUGUAAUCUUGAUUAUAUUCGUAACAGUUUACAAAAAGAAAUUAGUUCAAAUCCUAAUAAAAAUUAUAAUGAUAAUAGUUUUUUGAGAAGCAUUGUUGAUAAAUUGUUAGCAAUUGACUAUCCAAAAAUCAGCAUGCCUGGAUCACCACCUACAUCUGCUCCUGAGGAAGAUGAAUCGAUGAUGAGGUUGAUUGUUGAUUUGCCACCUUCAUACAAUGAAGUCAUCUCCACUACCAAGAAUGCUGUUAAUGAAGGAAUAAGACCUGAACUUCCAUCAAGACAUCAUCCGAGCGAAAUUGGUACUGGAAAUGAGACAAAUAGAUUAAAAAGACUUGCAAUAUCAGAAUCAAAUUGUCGUAAUCUUAAGAACAGUAGUAAUAAUAAUAGUGCUGGAGAGGAACACAUCCAGAAAAUUACAGAGUAUAUUACAGAGUAUAUUGGUGUUUGGAAUAAAGAGUUUUUUGAACCUAGAAAAAUCAAGAUUAAUUUUCAUGAAGGAAAAAAAGAAAAUUCUAUUGGGUAUUCUUUUAUAAUUAAAAACAUUUAA